CAUGCUUCUUAUCCGUUUCAAUUCUCGAGACGUCACACUGCUAAAUAACGACACCGAUCGCGUGCGACUCCCACGGGGCUUUUCUCUCACACCUUGCCUUUUCUGCUCCGAAGUCGGAUCUCUUGAUCAGACCGACCUGGCAUGGACAUCUUUAUCGCGACGCAACUCGACCGCCUCCCUGUCCAAUUCGCUGGUCGUCAAUAAUCGUGGCUGCGCAUGGAGUCUGCCAAGAUAGCCCCCAUCAUCCCCCAGAAGUCGGUCGAAUUUGUCGCAGGUCAAAAUGGCUGGCCAGGAAAGCAAAAAGGCCACGGCUGUGGCGGCCAAGAGCCCUGCUAUUCACUAUCCCUUCUGGUUCGGCGGCACCGCUAGCAGUAUGGCCGCCUGUGUUACCCAUCCCCUCGACCUAUUGAUAGUCCGCCUCCAAGUCCGCCGACCCGAUGCCCCGAAAAACAUGAGCAAGACUUUCCUCCACAUCAUCCGAAGUGACGGCCCGCUUGCCCUCUACGCCGGCCUCUCCGCUUCCCUCCUCCGCCAACUGACCUACUCCACCGUCCGAUUCGGCGUCUACGAAGAGCUCAAAGCUCGCGCGACCAAACGCCUCGCCGACAAGGGGAAAAGCAAGCAACAACCGUCCUUCCCUGUCCUCGUGGCCAUCGCCUCCUUCUCGGGCUUCAUCGGCGGCAUAGCCGGCAACCCGGCCGACGUCCUCAACGUGCGCAUGCAGCAGGACGCGGCCCUACCGCCGCACGAGCGCCGCGGCUACCGCCACGCCUUCGACGGCCUCGUCCGCAUGGCCCGCGAGGAAGGCAUCCGGAGCUGGUUCCGCGGCGCCCUGCCCAACAGCACCCGCGCCGUCGCCAUGACCGCCUCCCAGCUCGCCUCGUACGACACCGUCAAGGGCCUGCUCCUCCGCAACACCCCCAUGCGCGACAACCUCACCACCCACUUCACCGCCUCCGUUCUCGCCGGCGUCAUGGCCGCCACCGUCACCAGCCCCGUCGACGUCAUCAAGACGCGCAUCAUGACCGUCUCUUCCUCCGACGGUCUCCUCCCCACCCUUCGCACCAUUUAUGCCAAUGAAGGCUGGCGAUGGAUGUUCAAGGGCUGGGUGCCCAGCUUCCUGAGGCUCGGACCGCAAACUGUUUGUACAUUCGUCUUUUUAGAGAUGCACCGCAAGGCAUAUAGAAAGAUCCGCGGCAUAGAGAAUCCCGUUCCACAGGCGUUGUAACAGGAGCAGCAUCAAGACGGUUCAAAGCCUGGUUGUAGGCCGCCUAGGCCUAUCAAUGCAUAGAUAGCAUGGCCAUGGAUGUUAUAGACGAGCCAGCAUCGGUACGAGGCGUUAAUGGGCAUUUCACUUCUGUUCGGCCGGCCUUCUCUUUUUCUCUUCUUUUCUCUCC